AUGCUCGAACCACCCGAGCCCGACGACGACGCCGCCCCACCGCCAUCGCGAACGCUGGCCGCCGCUUCGCCAAGAGGGCUCGUCCUCGCUUGCGCUGGCCUGUUGCAUCGCGGGGACCUCGAGGGGGCACGGCGCAUAGCGGGCGCCGUGCUCUCCAGUGCCGACCCCCGGGGCGACGCGGCCGACCGGCUCGCGCACCACUUCGCCCGAGCGCUAGUUCUACGGGCCGACGAGGGACACGGCGGCGGCGCGCCAGCGGUCGUUGGCGCGGGGCCGGCCUCGUCCACGGCGUACCUGGCGUACAACAAGAUCGCGCCUUUCCUGCGGUUCGCGCACCUGACGGCCAACCAGGCGAUCCUAGAGGCCGCCGCCGCCGCCCGGCGCGUGCACAUCGUGGACCUCGACGCUGCGCACGGCGUGCAGUGGCCGCCGCUCCUGCAGGCCAUCUGCGACCGCGCCGACGCCAACCUCGGCCCGCCCGAGGUCAGGAUCACCGGCGCCGGGCCCGACCGCGACGUGCUACUCCGCACCGGCGACCGCCUCCGCGCCUUCGCCAGCUCCCUCAACCUCCCAUUCCGCUUCCACCCGCUACUUCUGCCUUGCACGGGCCAGCUCGCGGCCGACCCGGCCACUGGCCUUGAGCUGCACCCGGACGAGACGCUGGCCGUCAACUGCGUGUCGUUCCUCCACAGGCUCUCACGGGACGGCGAGCUCGCCGCGUUCUUGAGGUGGGUCCGUUCGAUGAACCCCGCCGUGGUGACCGUCGCUGAGAGGGAAGGAAGCGCAGGUGGGAGAGACGACGACGACGACCUGCCGCGGCGAGUGGCCGCGGCAAUGGAUUUCUACUCGGCGGUGUUCGACGCGCUGGAGGCCACGGUGCCGCCGGGCAGCGCGGAACGGCUGUCAGUGGAGCAGGAGAUCCUCGGCACGGAGAUCGACGCGGUGGUGGCCGGCCCCGGCGGCGGCGGCGGCCGGCCCCGCGGCUUCGAGGAGUGGGCGGCGGCCGCGCACGCCGCGGGGCUCUCGCCGCAGCCGGCGAGCACGUUUGCGGCCGCACAGGCGAGGCUGCUGCUACGCCUGCACUACCCGUCGGAGGGGUAUGCGGCGGAGGAGGCCGGCGGCGCGUGCUUUCUUGGCUGGCAGACGCGGACGCUCAUGUCCGUCUCGUCGUGGCACUAG